CUCUUUUAGGAAAUAUUUUUUUAAGUAACCAUUUGUGCUCAUUCUGUCUUCUUUUUUUUAGCUGUUUUUGUUUUCCAGCUGUAGUAGGUUUUUCACCUUAAAAGAGUUUAUUUCUAGAGCCAUCGGUUCAUUGAAAGAUCCCACUUAAUGCCACUUUUGACCUUUUAUUAAAGUGAAAAAAAUAAUAAAAACCUAAGUUUGGCUCCUACAGUUUUUAAGGUGUUGUAGAAACAUCUAGAAGGUUCCUAAAGUUGUCAUUUUUUCUCCAUCAGGCCUUCAUCAUGAACAGUGUCAAUUACAGCUGCAUGGACGUGGACCGGCUCAUGAAGCGGUACUACCUACCCGUAGCUUACAGCCUCAUCUUCAUCGUGGGCUUGUUUGGGAACAUGAUCUCCAUCAGCAUCUACUUGACCAAGCUGCGACCCUGGAAGAGCAGCAGCAUCAUCAUGGUCAACCUGGCGCUGACCGACCUGCUGUACGUGCUCACCAUGCCCUUCCUGAUCUACUACUACAUCAACGAGGGCUCCUGGAUGCUGGGCGACUUCAUGUGCCGCUUCAUGCGCUUCGCCUUUCACUUUCACCUGUACGGCAGCAUUCUGUUCCUCACCUGCCUCGCCAUCUUCCGCUACGUGGUGGUGGUGCAGCCGUUCAGGGCGGCGCAGGUGCAGGAUAAGUUCUGGGGCACCAUCGCAUGUCUAACCGUGUGGACCAUCGCCGCCACUGAAACCACGCCCAUGUUGACCAUCGUUUCCUUGAGCGUGGACAAGGACAACAACACGCAGUGUCUUGUGUUCGCCAGCACCGAGCCGGUCACCGCCGUGCGCGAGUACAGCUGGCUGCUCACGGCCAUCGGGUUUGCGCUCCCCCUGCUGGUGGUCUUCUUCUGCAACAUCGGUAUCGUCAGGGAGCUGGCCAAGGGGCCGAGCCCGACCAACUCUUUCCGGAACCGGGCGCAGUGCAUGCUGGUUCUCAUCCUGGGACUCUUCGUCCUGUGCUUCCUGCCGUACCACAUCCUGCGCGGCCUGUGGAUCGAAACCCAGCACGACAUGAGGACGCUGAACAGCAACACCCCGGCGUGCAGCGGCCACAUCACGCAAGCCGUGUACCUCAUCUCCAGGCCGCUGGCGGCCAUCAACACCUUCUUCAACCUGGCACUGUACACUCUGUCGGGGAACAAGUUCAGGAGGGCGUUCCUGAGCGUCUUCUGUCGGGAGCGCUGGCUCAUCAAGGCCAGUUUGAGGAUCCAGCGGAUGAUCAUGACCAAGGCGACCAACGACAUUCCCGCCAUCCCCUGAUUGUUUUCUUUCAGGGACAUUUAGAAACUUUGACUGCAAACAGGUUUACAUCUUUGCUGAGGGUUGUUGGGGCAAAUGGGUGUAAUUAAAUCUCCUAAAGUAAAAAGUUUUGCUUCUUUUGUCGUAAAAAUGUUCAGAUUUU